CAUGUACCAAAAAAAAAAAUAAAUAAAAAAUAUCGAAGCUCUUCGGGUUUUAAAAGCUAGCAGACAUGCUCUGCAAGUCCUGCGCUUUUGCCUUGGUUGCGUCCUUUGGUUUUUUGGUUUAAACCUUGCUGUAGUUCUGGCGUGCUCUGAUAAAGGGGGAGAGAGAGUGAAGGCCCUUAACCGGAGAGGAACAAGUCCUGAAAGAACGAGUUAAUAAAGGGACAGACGGAAGGGAGAAAUAGGAGGUAGUCCAAAGGUCUUCUUGUUCGACGAGGUUUUCUGCAUCUCGAUAGUUAAAGAUUGAUCGGUAAUAGAAUAUAAAUGAUUUACAGAGAAAAUAGAGUUUAUUCUUCGACAGCUUGACAAUUGCAGACGAAUGAACCAUUAGUAUUAUCACGGUCUUUUGGAGCUUUAAUAGGGCACAAGUUUCAACGGCGAGAUUUCUUAUCGAAGUUUUGUGGAGAGGAGAAAAUAGGAAUUAAGAAGCUAAAAUCUGCGAGAAUCAAUGACGGGAUGAUGGUUGAAACAAGAUCCUGCACAAGUACCUCGGAGCGAGAUCUUUGAGGCAAGCAUAUCCACCGAAGUAAUUCACCACUGAGGCAAAAUCUGCAACUAAUUCUCGGACUACCAAAGUUUCCAAAGGUGUUUUGCAGUUCAACAGGGAUAUUCAAAGCAAAAGGUAAAGAUAGUCGAGCUUAUAAAUAAAAUCUGGUUGAAUCCUUAAAAAGAAAAAAAAUAAGGGAAGAGAGAGAGAGAGAGUCGCAACUUGAAUGCUGAUAUCCACAGCAGUACCCAAGGCAUUUAGGGUUUGAGUGUUUGACGCAAGGGGUUGAAACUUGAAAAACCUACGGCACCGGAGAAAACAAGAGUUUGGUAAGCGUUAACACCAUGUCAACAAGGAGCUAAGUUUGAAAUGGUCUCUGGUACUGAUAGCAUGCAAAGUGGUUACUUCCAAUAGGAAGAUCAAAGAUUGUAGAGGAAGAAAUAGAAAAAGAAAAGGAUUGAAUCAAGGUAUGCAAUUAAUAAUCUUCCUUUAAUUGUUUUCGUUCUUCUAUUUUACGGAAAUGGCUUGUAAUCCAUCGGAAAUGCAAGAACCGAGCAUCGAUACCGAUAAGCUUAGUUAUGAGAUCUUCUCUAUUCUGGAAAGUAAUUUUCUCUUCGGCUACGACGAUCAGAAACUCUGGAUUCCCAAACAGAUCGCUCCAGCCAUAGAAACAAAAUCCGAGACUACAUCUCCGGCAACCACCGGUAACGGCGUGGGGGCGAUCAAGAAUCAGAGAGGUAAGGUCUGCAUUCUUAGCAUUGAUGGCGGAGGAAUGAGAGGGAUCCUCUCAGGAAAAGCCCUUGCUUACCUAGAACAAGCUCUCAAGACCAAAUCCGGAAAUCCAGACGCAAGAAUAGCAGAUUAUUUUGACGUUGCCGCUGGAACAGGCUUCGGAGGGAUUUUCACGGCGAUGCUCUUUGCCACUAAGGGCGAUAACCGAUCCAUUUUCCGGGCGGAGGAGACGUGGAAGUUCUUAGCAGAACAGGGGAAGCGUUUUUAUCGAUCUUCCUCUGGUUCAUUCUCCGGCGGGGGUUUUAUACGGCGAUUCUUCAAGGGUGGAGCCGGCGGUUCAACUAGUUCAUCGACAGCCGGGCUAGAGAAGGCGAUGAAGGAGGUGUUUACGGAUAAAGGCCGCAGUCUAACGCUAAAAGACACACUGAAGCCCGUUUUGAUACCUUGUUACGAUCUCUCGAGCUCAGCUCCGUUUCUCUUCUCCAGAGCCGAUGCGCUGGAGACGGACAGCUAUGACUUCUGGCUCUGGGAGGUCUGUCGAGCAACGUCGGCCGAGCCGGCCAUGUUCGAACCGGUGGCCAUGCGAUCAAUUGACGGCCAGACUCGGUGCGUGGCGGUCGACGGUGGAUUGGCGAUGAGCAACCCGGCGGCGGCAGCGAUAACCCACGUGUUACACAACAAGCAUGAGUUCCCGUUCGUGCGAGGAGUGGAGGACUUGAUGGUGUUGUCUCUGGGGUGUGGUCAACUUCUGGAGGGCAGCUACGAGUACGAGCAGGUCAAAGGGUGGAAAGGAAAGGAGUGGGCGCGACCAAUUACUCGAAUUGCCGGCGACGGUGCCGCCGAUUUGGUUGACCACGCCGUGGCGAUGGCAUUCGGCCAGAGCCGUAGCAGCAAUUACGUUCGUAUACAGGCAAAUGGAUCGAGUUUGGGUCCUUUUGGGGCAAAUGUGGAUUCUGACUCAAGUCCCAGCAAUGUGAAGAUGCUAAUCGGAGUGGCAGAAGAGAUGCUUAAACAGAAGAAUGUUGAGUCGAUUCUUUUUGGCGGAAAGAGAAUCGGGGAGCAAAGCAAUUUCGAGAAACUAGAUUGGUUUGCUGGAGAACUCGUGCUGGAGCAUCAGAGGAGGAGUUGCAGAAUAGCUCCCACUGUGGCAUUCAAACAAGUUACACCAAAACCCACCUAAAAUAAACUAGGUGAAAAAAAAAAGAAAAAGAAAAGAAAUAUAACAGCUUUUACUUUAACGAGGGAGAAGGGGAGAAAAGAGGAGGACAAGAAGUCGGGGGAAUUGAGAUUUGAAAGAGCACUUGGUUAAAAGAAAAGGUAGGAGAUCUCGUUGGGAUUUUUUGCCUGCUAGAGGACCGGCAAUUGUGGUGUCCACAGUCCACUCUACCUUUGGGACUUUCCGUGCUCUCUCUCUCUCUCUCUCUCUCUCUUUCUCUCUCUCUCACUCGGUUUUCUUCAUUCUUCUUUGGGCUUUGUAGUCAAAUUAAAUGAGGUUUGCCUUCAAGUGGGAUUUAAGGGCAACCUGUUCCUUGCGACCCAUACCUACUCUUUCAUGUCUUUUUUCUUUCAUCCUAUCCUUUACCUUUUCACGUCAUUAUGUCCAAAAACUUGAAUGUGGGCACUGUGGGGUACUUAAGUUUUCAAAGAAACAGGAAGAAAAGAAAAGAAAAGAAAAGAAAAUACGUAUCCCACAAGCCCCAAAAUUUUCUUUGGUUGGU